AUGGCCACCUCUGACGAGUCAGACAAGAUGCCUACCCUCCCUGAACCCCUUAACCCCACUACUGAUCUUCAUCAAGAACCUUUGGACGCUAGGAUUAUCAUUGCCUUACUUGGAACUGGAUCGUUUCCCCCUUCCUUCUGGGGCUCCCUCCCUUCCUUAAAUAAUAGUAGCCAUCAAGUAACAGACCACGAGACUGAACAGAAGGUUCAAAAUCUCGUAAAAGUAAUUAAAGAUAUUCUUAAAAAUGUGGCAAGUUCUGAAGAGAGUAGCAUAGAAGUAAAAGAAUCUGGUGAGGAAAGCGGUAUCUCCAAGGAUGUCUCAGAACUUGAAAACAAAAUCAGAGGACUCGACCAAAGGAAUAAAAUUCUAUUGAGAAAACUGCUUGUUAGUUUAGACCCAGAGAAAGAACACAAUGCAAAGAAAGAGGAGAUGAUGUUGGAAAACCUGAACAACAACAACGUGGCACAAGUUUUUGCAAGGGAUUCAAUAAAUCACUCAGAAGAAAAAACAGCCUUCAAUGGAACUCAACUAAGCAACAACAAAGCAGAACACGGAUUCCUUGAUAUUCAAGAAGAAAAUCAGAAAUUUAGGAAGGACAUGGAGCAACUGCUACAGGAAACAGAACACUGGAGUCAACAACACACUGAGCUCAGUGAACUGAUAAGAUCCUAUCAGAAAUCUCAGAAAGAUAUAAAAGAAACUCUUGAAUAUGGUGGAGUCCGUUUCCAUGUCCAGCCAGAUAAUGACGCAGCGGCUCAGCGUAGGCUGGAGGAGCAAGUGAGGCAGCUGAACCACAACUCCCAUGCCGUGCACCUGCUCGCAGCCUUGCUGGAGAAUGAGUGCCAGAUCUUACAGCAGAGAAUAGAGAUUCUCAAGUGGCUGCAGCAGCAUCAGCAAGAGAGAAUUCUACAAGAGGAGCCAAUUCAGCACAAGAAAUAUCAGAACCCAUCAGGAGCAGAGAAAAUAGAAAUUUAUAAGCAGAGUAUGCAAAAAAGGGAGCACGAAUUUCCAAGAAAAGGCAGAACCCAUAGAAGGCUGGAUGUUUGUCGUAGUAAGAAAGCUUCCAACAACCGGUUCAAUACUCAAAUCGCAAAAUCUCUUCUGGGAAUAAAGAGGCCAUCCAGCUGCCUAAAGUAG